AUGAGUUUUCGAAGUGAUGGGGCAUCCAUCAUGACAGUUGGGGGAGUGAGCACACUUCUCAAGAAAGAGAACCCAUUUAUGAUAAAUAUUCAUUGUAUGGCUCACCGUUUGGCAUUGUGUACUAGCCAAGCUGCCAAUCAAGUAGGAAAAAUUGAGAAGUACGGACAAUUGUUAACAGACCUGUACUAUUACUUCUCUAAAUCUGCAAAACGUGUUGCUGGGCUAAAGGCUAUUCAAGAAAUACUAGAGAGCCCACCGUUGAAGAUAAAGGAGAUGCAUUCAGUUCGGUGGUUUGCUUUCUAUAGUGCCCUAGAAACUGUUUACAGGUCAUGGGACGCCCUUGUAACCUAUUUUGCUAACCACAAGAAUGAUGCAAAGGCCGUAGGUUUUCUCAAGAAAUUAACUCAGGUUGAGAAUGUGGCAAACAGCAUAUUUCAGAAAGAGGAUCUAGAUGUUUCAAUCAUCCAGGCGUGCAUUUCCACCACCCUUAGUGAAAUUGCCAAAGUGAACGAGGGAAGUGGCUACUAUACAAAGAAACUUGAUGAGUCUUUGAAACAGGAUGAGUCUGGGAAGUGGCAUAUGGGUACUGGUGGCCAUGAAAUUUCAUAUUCAGAAACUCAAAAAGCUCAGGCUUUCAAAAGCAGAGAUGCUUUUAUUGACAAUCUCACCGAGCAGAUAACUGCUAGAUUUCCUCAGGAAUCACAGGAUCUUGCCGAUGCAUUUGCAAUCUUAAGUCUGGGAGGAGUGUCUUUCAUGACAGCUGAAGACCUUUCGCAUUAUGGAAAUAAUAAGUUACUGAAACUGUUGAAUCACUAU